GUGCAUACUGAAUGACGUGUCAUUUGUGUCCUUUAUGUCUGCCUUGAGUUGACUUUAAUGUUUUCUAUUAUUUUUGGUGCAGGGUGAAGAACGGAUUAAUCUAAAAGCUGAGGUUAAAGAAGAAGUAGUAGAGGUGUAUGUGGGGGGUGAUCAUCUAUUAAUGGAGGAGAUUGGGAUGAUUAUGAAAAGUGAACAGGAGGACAUUUCUCUACCUUGUGACACAGAUGGAUGUGAUGUGAGGAAUUCCUCAGAGAGACAUCUUCUAUUAUCUGCUGAUUGUAAGUCAGAAGAUAAUGUCAUCACACAGGAUCCUCCAGGAGGAAAUCCAAAUACACAAAAUAUACAUCACAGACCUUCCUGUCCGGAGACAUCAAUGGAUCCCUCUGAUCAGGGGGAAUCUUCUCAUCAAUCACAUACUAUGAUUGUAAAUAUCCAUGCAAGAUCUCACACUGCAGAUACAUCAACAGAUCCUUCUAAUCCCGAGGAAUCUUCCUCACCCCAUGAAGGAGAUCACCGAGGUGGCCAUCUAUACCCAUGUUCAGAGUGCGGGAAAUGUUACACUCCUCAAGGAACCUGUUUUAGACAAAAGAAAAUUCGUCGUCAUUCAUGUUCAGAGUGCGGGAAAUCCUUCUCUCGGAAAGCAAAACUUAUUCAGCACCAGAGAAUUCACACGGGUGAGCGUCCUUAUUCAUGUUCAGAGUGCGGGAAAUCUUUCACUCAGAAAGGAACACUUAUUCAGCACCAGAGAAUUCACACAGGAGAACGUCCUUAUUCAUGUUCAGAGUGCGGGAAAUCCUUCAGUGGAAAAGAUUAUCUUGUUAGACAUCAGAGAUAUCACAUGGAUGAGCAUCCCUAUUCAUGUUCAGAGUGCGGGAAAUCUUUCACUCAUAAAAGAGACCUUGUUACUCAUCAAAAAAUUCACACAGGUGAGCGUCCUUAUUCAUGUUCAGAUUGUGGGAAAACUUUCACUGGAAAAGGACCUCUUGUUACACAUCUGAGAAUUCAUACAGGCGAGCGUCCUUAUUCAUGUUCAGAGUGCGGGAAAACUUUCACUCAGAAAGGACAUCUUGUUACACAUGAGAGAAUUCACACAGGUGAGCGUCCUUAUUCAUGUUCAGAGUGCGGGAAAUCUUUCAAUCAUAAAGGACCUCUUGUUAGACACCUUAGAAUUCACACAGGUGAGCUUGAGGAUCUGCAGUCAGGAAAGGGGCCAGUACAUCCACCCAUUCUUUCUCAGGCAGACCUUCCCUUUGUCAGGGCUGGGCUUCUAGAAGCUCUCUUCUCAGUGCUCAAGGCUGCUCUGCUGUUGACACAGGAAGGUCACACCAUCCCCCACCAUCAUCAGGGUGAAGAACUGAAAGACAUCAAAGUUGAGGUUAAAGUCGAAAAAGAAGAGAAGUCCUGGGAUCAGCAGUCUAUGGAGGAGGGAGGUCCUCUGUAUUCCCGAAAUUCCACACAGGAGGAUCACACCAUCCCUCACCAUCAUCAGGGUGAAGAACGGAUUAAUAUAAAAGCUGAGGUUAAAGAAGAAGAAGUAGAGACGUAUGUGGGGGAUGAUCAGCCAAUCACGGAGGAGGUUGGGAUGAUUAUGAAAAGUGAACAGGAGGACAUUUCUCUACCUUGUGACACAGAUGGAUGUGAUGUGAGGAAUUCCUCAGAGAGACAUCUUCUAUUAUCUGCUGAUUGUAAGUCAGAAGAUAAUGUCAUCACACAGGAUCCUCCAGGAGGAAAUCCAAAUACACAAAAUAUACAUCACAGACCUUCCUGUCCGGAGACAUCAAUGGAUCCCUCUGAUCAGGGGGAAUCUUCUCAUCAAUCACAUACUAUGAUUGUAAAUAUCCAUGUAAGAUCUCACACUGCAGAUAGAUCAACAGAUCCUUCUAAUCCCGAGGAAUCUUCCUCACCCCAUGAAGGAGAUCACCGAGGUGACCAUCUAUUCCCAUGUUCAGAGUGCGGGAAAUCGUUCCAUAAGAAAUCUAAUCUUGUUAGACAUCAGAGAUAUCACAUGAGUGAGCGUCCUUUCCCUUGUUCAGAGUGCGGGAAAUCUUUCACUCAGAAAGGAAAACUUAUUCAGCACCAGAGAAUUCACACGGGUGAGCGUCCUUUCCCUUGUUUAGAGUGCGGGAAAUCUUUCACUCAAAAAGCAGUCCUUGUUACACAUCUUAGAAUUCACACAGGUGAGCGUCCUUAUUCAUGUUCAGAGUGCGGGAAAUCGUUCACUCAGAAAGAAACUUUUGUUAAACAUCAGACAAUUCACACAGGCGAGCGUCCCUUUUCAUGUUUAGAGUGCGGGAAAUCUUUCAGAAACAAAGGAUUCCUUGUUAAACAUCUUCGAAUUCACACGGGCGAGCGUCUUUAUUCAUGUUCAGAGUGCGGGAAAUCUUUCACUGACAAAGCAGACCUUGUUAAACAUCUUAGAAUUCACACAGGCGAGCGUCCUUACUCAUGUUCAGAGUGCGGGAAAUCUUUCACUAUCAAAGCAGACCUUGUUAAACAUCUUAGAAUUCACACAGGUGAGCAUCCUUAUUCAUGUUCAGAGUGCGGGAAGUCUUUCCCUGAAAAAGGAAACCUUGUUACACAUCAAAGAAUUCACACAGGUGAGCAUCCUUACUCAUGUUCAGUGUGCGGGAAAUCAUUCGCUAGGAAAGGAACCCUUACUAAACAUCUUAGAAUUCAUACAGGUGAGCGUCCUUAUUCAUGUUCAGAGUGCGGGAAAUCUUACACUCAGAAAGGAAAUCUUGUUACACAUCAGAGAAUUCACACAGGUGAGCGAACAUAAUCGUGUUCAGUGUAGGAAAUAUUUGAUUACGAAAAAUAAUCUUGUUGAACAUCAGAAAGUUCAUACGUAAAGAUUAUUACCUAGCUAGCCACCAUACUGUCUCAAAUGAAAGAUUGGGUUACUACACAUCCGACCAGAUUAUGGGUUUGAAAACACCAUGACGCCAGGACGCAACCUUAAAAAUUGGCUAUUCAGCACCACAACCACACACCCACGCCUUAAUUUAUACUCACCGACCAUCCAAGCCUCAGUUAAAGCCUGGAGACUGCUACAUUCUGCCAAAUGGUCCCAACUACCCACCAAACGCAUACACGUACCUAUCCAAAGCCUCCAAUUAAUAUCACCUGAUCUGGCUAUAACCAAUUGAAUACUUACU